AUGACGCAGAACGGGACCCGGAAAAACCAGAUCGAAGAAGCGAUAGAAGUCGCCGCUGAAGCCCAUCAAGGGCAAUAUCGGAAAGGCACUUGCACGCCCUAUAUCACACACCCGUACGCCGUCGGACUCAUUUUAAUGGAAGCGGGAUGCACCGAAGCCAUGAUUAUUGCGGGUAUCCUCCACGACACAGUCGAGGACACCGAUCUGACACUCGAAUUCAUUCGAGAACACUUUGGCGACUCUAUCGCAGACAUUGUCGAAGGGUGUUCAGAGAACAAAGCAUUGCGGUGGCGCGCACGUAAAACCGAACGGAUUGAAGCGUUACGAACCGCCAGUCCCGAGGUCUGCAUCGUAACAUGCGCCGACAAACUUCACAACCUACGUACGAUUAUCUCAGAAUACGAUGUCAUCGGUGACACGAUAUGGGAUCGGUUUCACGGUAGUGUCGAGGAUCAGGCGUGGUAUUACCGCAGCAUUCUCGGUGCGAUCGCCGACCGAGAUGCCGCUUUACAAAAAAGCGUAGAACGUGCUAAACUAUCUAAACAUGACAGUGGUGCGAACACCCACUCUGAUGGAAAUGACACCGCACCUCAACAAGAGCCCUCCGAUAGCAACGACGCUCGGAAGACUCCCACAGCAAUAGAUGCUGUAAACCCUCAACUCUUUCGACAAUUUCAGCAGGCUGUAGCAUAUCUAUUUGAUGGUGGUUUGAGAGACUCAAUGAAGAUUGCGUACGCUUUUAGACGAUGUGCAUCGUACCCGUACAACGGCGGCGAAUUACCCACCGAUGCGACAGACCGUCGACGGUUUUUGGAACACUCCAAAAAGAUUGGAUUCGAUGGCAUAGAACUUCCCGCGAUGAACCUGCCUGACGCUGAAGCCGCGACGUUCCGUUCGGAGCUUGAAGAUGCGGGUAUGCCGUGUGUUGCAAUUCGUGGCGGGGGUGGUGCCGCGCAUCCGCGUGUUGCCGCUGCCAACAAGCAAAGUAUGAUAAACGCUGUCAAUUUUGCCGCGAAUAUCGGCGCGGGCGUUGUCAAUUCCACGGUUACCACGCCACCCCGCGACCCGGAUGGCAAAGGCACGUAUCGUGGCGCAUCGGUAUCGCAAGGGUCAAGUCGUCUUGCGAGCGCAGUGGAUUAUGAGCGUACAGCAAAAGCAGUGAGCGAAGUCGCCGGUAUCGCCGCAGAUCAAGGUGUAGAGAUCUCCAUAGAAAUCCAUCAAAACUCGAUUGCGGAUAACAGCUGGUCGGCACUCCAUCUGUUAGAAUUAAUCGACGCGCCGAACGUCGGUGUGAACCCCGAUUUAGGUAACAUCUAUUGGACUUACGAUACUCCAGAGGAAUCGUGCGAAGCUGCGAUCGCCGCGCUCGCGUCCCACGUCAACUAUUGGCAUUGCAAGAGUCUCUAUCGGGUGCAUAUCCCCUGA